AUGGAUGAGGACUAUGAUUGUCUUGUUAUUAAUGAGGCUGGAGCAGAACGAAACACAUCUACUCUCUAUGUUCGACCUGUUAUAACAGAACAACCUGAUGACCAGUAUGUAGAUGAUGGGCAGGCAGUAACCCUCUCUUGUAAAGCUAACUCCUUCCCUUCUCCAGAGUACCAAUGGGAAAUGAUGAACAGAACAACAAGAAUGUUUGAACCCAUUAAGAAUGCAACAGAUUCUACAUUUACUAUAUCAUCAAUCAGCUACAAUGAUUAUGGCAACUAUCGUUGUGUUGCUGCUGCUAACAGUAUUGCUGAGAAUGCUACUUCAGAACCAGCUCUCAUUACAAACGGGUCAAUUAUCGAGCGCGUCCGACAUUUUGGUGGCAGCGGUGGGAUCACUUCGAACGGAAGACAGAAGAGAACCGCCCCAGUGGACGAACGAGUAGAAUUCGGAUUACGACGCUCAUCGAAUUACAAUAAGACUGAACCUUCGUGA